AUGCUUCGUAAGGAGUUACCUGGGUUUGAAGAAUGCUUAAAGUAUAGUAUAUUGGGGAAACGAAGUUUUUUAACGUUUGUAAGAAAUGAUUUCAUUGCUGAUAAAGUUGAAAGAGAGAAUCAUGAACAAGUUACAACUGCACCACAAUUUUUAGUUGAGCGUGCUGUGGAUCAUUUGUUACACGGAUUAAGAUAUAAAUGUACCAUUUUGAAUGAAAUUUCACUAUCAUGCUUAAGUUUAGAAGAUGAUAAAGAAUCAGAUCUUCGAUAUGAUAUACGAAUUAUUCCAAAUUUGAAUGCAUUAACUAAUGAGGAACAAAUCCUAUUAGCAAAACAUAUGUUAGUCGAUUUUACAAUGCCAAAACCAUCAGAUGAUUUAAUGUCUACAAAACCCGUUCAAAUUUUUAUUGGAAUUGUACCAUGGUCUGUCGAUACACCUGAAAUAUUAGAUGGUAAUAUUACCAAACCACAUAAGACUGUAUUGAAACCUAGUAUUACUGUCGCGGACUGGUUAAAACAUAAAUUCUGGAUCGCUGGCUCGAUGCCUGAUGAAAGUUUUACCUCGACUAAUAAUAAUAUAUCGGGGACUAACGAUGAAAACGACGUUGACGAUGAUAUACCUGAGACAAUAGAGAGUGUUCGAAUCAAAAAUGAUUUUUCAGAGGUUCAUAUCGAACCAUCUGUACGACGUUAUAUCCUUGAUAUCAUGGUUCAUUUACGUAUGCAUCGCUUAGCAUAUCAUAGCAAAGGUGGUGGAAUAAUUAAAGAUGCAUUAGACAGUAUGAUUUUAUUAUGUAAAUUAUACAGUUAUGAUCAAGGUAAAAACUAUGUGACACCUAAUAUUGUGAAAGAGAUGAGUUUCAUAUAUUUUCCAAUGCAUUUAGUAUUAAUCAAUAGUGCUAGAAGAGAUCCAAGUAGAUUAUAUGGUAGUGAUUAUAAAUUAAUUCAAGAAUUUUUAGAUAAUAUAUCAAAAGUUAAAAUGGAAAUGUCAUCUAAAUUAGAUAAUCCAUUAUUUUUGGAAUAUUUAGUGGUAGAAAAUACAUUAAACAAGAUUGUUCCAGCUAUUUGA